CUCACUGCGCCCCGGUGAGAGGCAAACCCGGAGCUCAACCUGCCCGGUUCACCGCCCCCAGCAUGUCACACUGUACGAGCCGCAUGUUCAUCACAAGUGCUACUUGCACUCAGACACCCACUUAAACGUCCACUGCUGCGCAGUUUGCGUGGAUAGAAGGCAGGCUCCGCUCCGCGCACACGGCUGGACUGUUUUGGACUGUUUUCUCUGGGCACGUAGGGAGAGUUGGAGAUCCACAGGUAAUUGCACACAGUCGGUUCCUCCGCAUCUCGUAGCAGCGUUUCCGCAGACAUGCUGGGGAUCUGUGUGUGUCUCUGCGCUCUGUUCACGCAUGUCCUCUCUCAGGAGGCUGAGGAACCCGUGUCCUACACUUGCACCGAGGGAUACGAGUAUGACAGAGUCCGAGAGCAGUGCAGAGACAUCGACGAGUGCACUUUGUUAGACGACGCCUGCAAAGGAGGGAUGCAGUGCAUCAACCACUUUGGUGGAUACCUCUGCCUCCCCAAGAGCGCUGUCAUCUACAUCAGUCAGGAGACCGAGCAGGUGCCGGCGCCAGAUACCGUCCCUGCGGUCCCGCCGAACCAGCCUCAGAUUCCGCCGGUGUUUCCUGGUCCCGCGAGAGUCCCUCAGCCCGGCUGGCCCGCCCGCUGUUCGCCAGGAUUUACUGCAGAUGAGCAAAACCUCUGCAGAGACGUAGAUGAAUGUGCCACAGGUAGACACACAUGUGGCUCUGACCAGACCUGCUACAACACCAGAGGCUCCUACACCUGCCAGUGUCCUCCAGGCUACCAGAGGACCGGAGACCACUGUGUGGACAGAGACGAAUGUGCCAUGACCCACUACUGCAUGCACAGAUGUGUUAACACCCAGGGCUCAUACUACUGUGAGUGCAACGCAGGUCACAAGUUGGCCAGCAACAACCACAGCUGUGUUGAUGUGAAUGAGUGCGAUGUGCAGAGUCCCUGUCAGCACCAUUGCUACAACCUGAUUGGGUCCUUCCUCUGCCAGUGUGACCAGGGCUACGAGUUGGCACAAGACAUGGUCUCUUGCCAAGAUAUUGAUGAAUGCGGCUUCUCCAGCUACAUGUGUCAGUACCAGUGUAUCAACAGCCCAGGAAGUUACUCCUGUGAAUGUCCAGAAGGAUAUCAACUCCAGGGAAACAGGUUUUGUCAAGAUAUAAAUGAAUGCGAAACAGGGACCCAUAACUGCCAAGAUGAUGAAAUGUGCUGGAAUUAUUACGGGGGCUUCCGCUGCUAUACCAGAAACCCCUGUGAGCCGCCUUAUGUCAAAACCUCCGAGAAUCGCUGUAUCUGCCGCUCUCAGACGAGUGCAGAGUGCCAGGGUCUCCCACCGUCAGUCGUCUACAAAUACAUGAGCAUCCAGGCGGAACGCAGCGUGCCAGCGGACAUCUUCCAGAUUCAGGCCACCAACAUCUACGCCAACACGCACAACACCUUCAGGAUCAAAGCUGGGAAUGAGGCAGGAGAAUUCUUCCUGCGGCGUUCCAGCAACGUGAGUGCCAUGCUGGUGCUAACCAAGCCUCUAACAGGCCCGAAAGAGUACAUCGUGGACCUGGAGAUGAUCACUCACCAUCUGACCAUGAACUACCGCUCCAGCUCACUGCUGCGGCUCACCAUCAUCGUCGGGCAUUAUGCUUUCUGAGCAGCACAACUCUCCCAAAAAAAAUAAGCCUCCAUAAGUCUGGUUCAGCAAAAAACAUAGCAGCGUAGCACAGGCGACGCCUCGCAUCUGCAUAAAAAUACUGUACAUUUUCAUGAAAUACAUAUAACAUAGGCUGUCCCAGACUCGCACAGCGUCACCUGCAGUUCCACUUGGCUUUGUUCAAGACCGACCAGUCCAUGCUGUCCUGUGACCACUGGGCAUCUUUUUCUCUCAGGGUGCUGGGAAGCAUUGUGAUGAAAGGUUUUUGUUUCCGGGACAAUCAGGCGCUGUGUUUUUUAACAAGAGCGCUUAAACCCCACAUCAUAAUCUUUACAGCUGAAACAUACUAAACCUUAAGAGCCUUUAAGAAAGACUGCAAAUUCUACUUUUGCACCUGCCGUGGCUGUUUGCUGCUUCCAUACCGAAAACAGUUGGGAGCAGAACAGUCACAUUUGGGAAAAGAGGCCUAGUGGACACAAAUCCUAAAUAGGAUGAGUUUGUUUUUUUUUGUUAUGCAGCGGCGCCUACAUUUAUCACUUUAUUUUGGACCAACACAUACUUACACUAACCUGUUGUAAUAAAGAGAGAGAAAAUCCUAUUUUCUAUAUUCAUGUACAUGUCAAAUAUCCAGCUUUUUUUUUUGGUACAAUGGUAAUUUUUUUAAAUCAUUUAUCUCGUGUUGAUAAAUGUUGUAGGGGGUUAGGACUGCUGUGCCGCGCUCUUCUGUAUAGUUUUGCCCGUGAUCAUUUUCCAGAGACGUUCACAGAACAGUUCACAAGAGUUAAGGGAGGGACUAUGAGUUGAGAGAGUGGUCGACUUAGUUUGACAACGGGGUGUAAUCUGUGUGCAUGUGUGUAUCUGGAGUUUGACACAUGGAGUGAGAGGAAGGGAAAGAGUGAAAAGGAGCUAGUUCUCAGCCGCGGGUGAAGUGGAUGUGGUUAAGUUGUUUCUCUGAUGCCAUCCUUUACAGCCUAUUAGUUUUGUUUUUUACUUGAGAACAUGGAGAUUAAAUGAUGGCUUUGAUUUUACACGCCUCGGCCAAUUGACCUUUGAUUGGUGCCAAAGCUCAUCCUCCAAAGGAACAGCAGAGGUUCUCUAAUGCCGCUUUUCCACUACAUGGUCCCGGCACGACUCGUCUCGCCUCGGCAUGGCUUUUUUGCUUUUCCAUUAGCGAUAGUACCUGUUUUUUUUUUUUAGUACCUGCUCUGGGGAGCUUCCAAGCGAGCUGAGCCACUACUAUGCGUGACGGCAACAGACUGCAUAAGCGUGACGUCAGGCACAGGAAUCAGACCGAACAAUGCCAACUUCAGUUGAUUAAAACGACUUAAAAAUCCUCUAAACAUCCUUUAAUCUCUAACAUUUAGCAGGGAAAUAAAUCUCAAUAUUUAACAGAGGAGUCUGGUGUAUUUAUGUCAGACGGAGUCUGUGCUUCAGUCAUGCAGGAAGUACUGAACGAUUCUGUGAACAAAUCUUUUUAAUUAACUGAUUCUAAUGAUACUCUUGCCUUUGCAGCAAGAAGACCCGGGUUCAAGCCCCGGUUGGAACAAGGAUCUUCCUGCAUGGAGUUUGCAUGUUCUCCCCGUGUGUGUGUGGGUUUUCUCCGGAGUCUCCGGCUUCCUCCCACAGUCCAAAAACAUGCAAUAUGGGGAUUAGGUAAAUUGGACACUCUAAAUUGACCGUAGGUGUGAGUGUGAGAGUGAAUGGUUGUUUGUCUCUAUGUGUGGCCCUGUGAUGGACUAGCGAUCUGUCCGGGGUGUGACCCCGUCUAUCACCCUAUGUCAGCUGAGAUUGGCACAGCACCCCCCGUGACCCUCCUGUGGAGGAUAAAGUGGUAGAAAAUGGAUGGAUGGAUGAUUCUAAUGAUUCAGUUACACUGAAAACAACUGCUCUGCCCACUAGUUUGUAAAACAAAGUCGUGCAGUGAUGACUCCGCCCACGUUCAGGAGGUACUAUAGUAAUGGAAAACCAACCAAACUGCGUAGAGUUGAGCCGUAAUGAGCCGAACCGAGGCGGUACUAAGUAGUGGAAAAGCGCCAUAAUGAUGGUCCCAGUCUCAAAGUCACACUGGCACCAGGCUGGCUUUUGGUGAUUAAGUUCUCUGGUUUGUGUGUAAAAGCAGGGGAUUAUUACAAGUGUUGAUAAAACGCCAACACACUUUUUGGUAAGAAGAAGUGUCAUUUUUCACUCUACCUGCAUUGCCUUUCCGUGACUCCAUGCGUCUGCUCUGGCUUCUCGCUGAAACGCUGCACGCUGUGGACACACUGUGCCGAAAGACCACAUGUUGUCACCACUCUGUAAGUGUGUAGAAAGUCAUCCAUCUUUGCCUUUAACUGUCUUUCAUGUGGUUUCAGCAGUGAUCCUGCAAUAGUGCCUUAGAGAUAUAAACACAUACAAGGAAAAAUGUAACACUAAUCAGUCAUGCUGUCGAGACUGUUAAUCUUUUGGAAUUCUUCGAUGUGUUUCUCUUCUAUUUAAAAUCUAUAUUUUUGUCAUAUGUAUCUUACAUUAAUUGUACUCCGAAGAGCAAAAAAAAUAUAUAUAUUGUCGAUUAAAAUGAGAGGAUAAAUGA